AUGGCACAUGUUCAGGAAAUGCCUAGUGAGCAGGAGUUGAUCCAGAAAUAUCAGAAAGAACGCGAAAAGCGUAUUGCAACAGAUGUUAUAGACGACUACGUUGAUCUCAGAUCAAAAGAAGCUCAAGAUCUUGCCAAGGACCCAUGGGUAGAUUGGAACGCUCCGGCGAUCCAGGACCCUCCCCUCAAGGAUGGAAGCAGGGUAAAGUUCUUAAUCAGUGGGGCUGGGCACGCCGGCCUACUUUACGCUUGUCGUCUGGUCGAGGCUGGAUUCAAUGCAAAGGAGAUUGUAUGCGUUGAUAUAGCGGGUGGAUUCGGCGGCACCUGGUACUGGAAUCGGUAUCCUGGGAUCAUGUGUGAUAUCGAAGGCUAUAUCUAUCUUCCUCUUCUAGAGGAGACCGGAUACGUUCCCAAGCAUAAAUACUCAAUGGGCGCUGAGAUUCGCGGUCAAAAUGAGCGAGCUGCAAAAAAAUUCGGUAUCCGGGGCCAGUUUUGUACAAAGGUUGAGUCGCAGAUUUGGGACGAAAACAAACGGAUUUGGGUCAUACAGAUGACCCGUACCCUGGAUACAAAUGGCAAGACUGAAUCUCUAACAUGCUUUGCGGAUUUUGUCAUCAUUGCCGGCGGCGUACUCAAUAUCCCAAAGAUUCCCAGGCUCCCAGGUUGGGAAGAAUUCAGAAACAGCAAACGUGUCUUUCAUUCAGCUCGCUGGGACUACGAUUAUACUGGGGGUACCCAGGAGCAGCCAGACUUAGUCAACCUUCAAGACAAGACAGUUGCGAUAGUGGGUACAGGUGCAACUGCAAUCCAGAUCAUGCCUGAAUUGGCCAAGUGGGCGAAGCAUGUGUACGUUGUUCAGAGAACGCCGUCAUAUUGCGGAUAUCGCGGUAACUGCUUGACUAAUGAAGAGCACUUCAAAAACUUAUCAAAGGAGAAAGGAUGGCAGAGAGCCCGGCAAACCAACUUUAAUGCAUGGGUCACCGGCAAUCCUGAAGGAUACGGACCAAAUUUGGUGAAUGAUGGCUGGACCCACACUCCAGCUGGCCAAGGUCUUCUAGGCUCAUCUAGAAAGACGGUUCAGCCACAUGAGAUUGAAGAACACAUACAAGAACUCCAUCGGAUUGACCGGCCGCGUACCGAAUCCAUACGCAAGCGCAUCGACGAUUUGGUUAAAGAUAAAGAAACUGCUGAGAAGCUGAAGCCAUGGUAUGGCAGUUGGUGUAAGCGCCCUACGUUCCAUGACGAGUACCUACAAGCAUUCAAUCAACCCAAUGUUACUUUGCUAGACACUGAUGGAAAGGGCCUGAAGGCAUUCUCUAAGAAUGGUCUAGUGAUUGGUGACAAGGAGUACGAAAUUGACGCACUGAUCCUCGCAACUGGAUUUGCUCAUAGUACUGGUCUGGAUAUCUCUAAGAAACUUGGUGCACCUAUUCAAGGACGCAAUGGGGAAACCAUGUCAUCUAGGGCCAAUACUACGGACAACCCGCCACUUUUUGGACUUGCGUUCCCAGACUUUCCAAAUCUUUUUUCUCCUUUUGCCCAGGGGGGCUCUUCUUCGUGGAAUCUCACAUCCAUGUACGACGUUUCGGCAAGAUUUGUAGCGUCCAUACUCAAGCAAGCACAUACGCAGGCGAAAGACGGGAGAAGGAUAAUCAUUGAAGCAGAUCCAGAGGCUCAAAAGAAAUGGGGCGAUGAUAUUGCUAAAAGAUCUAGUUGGUUCGGCGCCUUGCUUACUUGCACGCCAACCUACUUUUAUGGGGGGCUCGAAGGCCUCAAGAUGUCGGAAAAAGCGAGCAAAGAGACCUUGGCAAAAAAGGCAAGGACAGCAGCCUGGGGCGGGGGUCCCGUCGAAUUCAAAGAGAUGAUGGAAUAUCGGGCAGCUAACUUAGGUACUGAAGGGUUUAAAGUUAGUGUUGUAGCAUAG